AGUGGGUCGAGCCCUUACAAAACUCGCCCCAGUGGGCCAGCAAGGCGAGCGUCACUGCGGGGCCUCUCCAAUCUGUGUCCCGCCGGGGACAUGGACGCCUGAGAACCCGUGGGUCCGGUAGGUCACAGAACACAGAAAACACCGGGACUCGGGACCGUCAUGCACUCCAAGACUGCUCCAAGGUUCCUGGUGUUCCUGCUGCUUACCCUGCUGCUACUCCUGGCUGCCUCUCCUGUGGCUAGCAAGGGCUGUGUCUGCAAAGGCAAAGGACAAUGCCUCUGCGCGGGGACCAAAGGGGAGAAGGGGGAGAAAGGGGUUCCUGGUUCCCCUGGAUUUCCUGGCCAGAAAGGAUUUCCAGGUCCUGAAGGCUUGCCUGGACCACAGGGACCCAAGGGCUCCCCAGGACUUCCGGGACUCACUGGCCCCAAAGGCAUCAGGGGAAUAACUGGAUUACCAGGGUUUGCAGGUCCUCCUGGACUUCCAGGCCUCCCAGGCCACCCUGGGCCUCGUGGGCUGGCUGGUUUACCAGGAUGCAACGGAUCUAAGGGUGAACAAGGAUUCCCGGGCUUUCCCGGCACACCAGGCUAUGCAGGGCUCCCAGGUCCUGAUGGCUUGAAAGGACAAAAGGGUGAGCCUGCUCAAGGAGAAGACAGGGGAUUCAAUGGAAAAGGUGACCCUGGGCCUCCAGGGGUUCCAGGCUUCCAGGGUUUUCCGGGACUCCCAGGUUUUCCAGGGCCUGCCGGUCCACCAGGACCUCCGGGAUUUUUUGGUUUACCAGGAGCAAUGGGACCCAGAGGACCCAAAGGCCACAUGGGCGAUAGCGUGAUAGGACAAAAAGGAGAAAGGGGUAUGAAAGGAUUAACAGGACCUCCUGGGCCACCAGGAACAGUGAUUUUUACACUCACCCAGCCAUACAACAAAUCGGACUUCAAGGGAGAGAAAGGAGAUGAGGGAGAGAGGGGUGAACCCGGACCUCCUGGACCCUCGGGGCCACCUGGAGACUCCUAUGGAUCAGAAAAGGGUGCGCCUGGAGAGCCUGGUCCUCGGGGCAAACCUGGAAAAGAUGGUGCCCCUGGCUUCCCUGGCACUGAGGGAGCCAAAGGCAACAGGGGCUUUCCUGGGUUGAGGGGUGAAGCUGGCAUUAAGGGAAGGAAAGGAGACAUUGGCCCCCCAGGAUUUCCUGGUCCAACAGAAUAUUAUGACGCAUACCUGGAAAAGGGAGAGAGAGGAAUGCCAGGCCUUCCUGGGCCCAAAGGAGCCCGUGGCCCACAGGGUCCAAGUGGUCCCCCUGGAGUCCCUGGAAGUCCUGGACUGUCAAGGCCUGGCCUCAGAGGACCCAUUGGAUGGCCAGGCUUGAAAGGGAGUAAAGGAGAGAGAGGACCCCCUGGAAAAGACACUGUGGGCCCUCCUGGACCCCUGGGAUGUCCUGGCUCACCAGGUCCACCAGGCCCUCCAGGACCUCCAGGAUGUCCAGGUGACAUUGUUUUUAAAUGUUCCCCUGGUGAGCAUGGAAUGCCAGGUGACACAGGACCUCCAGGAGUUCCAGGACUUGAUGGACCCAAAGGAGAACCAGGCAGUCCAUGCACCGAGUGUCACUGCUUCCCAGGGCCCCCUGGAGUCCCAGGAUUUCCAGGAUUAGAUGGUAUCAAAGGAAUCCCAGGAGGACGAGGUGUGCCUGGUCUGAAGGGAAACCCAGGGUCCCCAGGAAGUGCAGGUCUCCCAGGAUUUGCAGGAUUCCCAGGUGACCAAGGGCAUCCAGGACUUAAAGGGGACAAAGGGGAUACACCUCUACCCUGGGGGCAAGUGGGUAAUCCAGGUGAUCCUGGACUCAGAGGCCUGCCCGGGAGAAAGGGCUUCGAUGGAACUCCUGGAGGUCCAGGAGCGAAAGGACCACCAGGACCUCAGGGCGAACCGGCCCUGAGUGGAAGGAAAGGGGACCAAGGACCUCCAGGACCUCCUGGAUUCCCUGGACCCCCAGGACCUGCAGGACCAGCUGGACCACCAGGCUAUGGACCUCAAGGAGAGCCAGGUCCAAAGGGAGCCCAAGGAGUCCCCGGCGUCCUGGGACCACCUGGAGAAGCCGGUCUUAAAGGAGAACCCAGUACAUCAACUCCAGAUCUAGGUCCCCCAGGCCCUCCAGGGCCCCCUGGUCAGGCUGGCCCCAGAGGUCUACCUGGUUUGCCUGGACCGGUGGGAAAAUGUGAUCCUGGUCUUCCUGGACCUGAUGGUGAGCCAGGAAUUCCAGAAGCUGGAUGCCCAGGGCCUCCAGGACCUAAGGGAAAUCAAGGUUUCCCAGGGACAAAAGGAUCACCUGGUUGUCCUGGGGAAAUGGGAAAGCCUGGCCGUCCUGGAGAACCAGGCAUCCCAGGAGCCAAGGGAGAACCAUCCGUAGGCAGGCCUGGGAAACCAGGGAAACCAGGCUUUCCAGGAGAAAGAGGCAAUGCUGGGGAAAAUGGAGAUAUUGGACUCCCUGGGCUUCCAGGCCUCCCUGGAACUCCAGGAAGAGGCGGGCUUGACGGGCCUCCAGGAGACCCAGGACAGCCUGGAUCACCUGGAGCAAAAGGAUCCCCAGGAAGGUGCAUACCAGGACCCAGGGGCACCCAAGGACUUCCCGGCUUGAAUGGAUUGAAAGGGCAACCAGGUCGAAGAGGUGAUACCGGGCCAAAGGGAGACCCUGGCAUCCCAGGCAUGGACAGGUCUGGGGUCCCCGGAGAUCCUGGACCACCAGGAACACCAGGUUGUCCUGGUGAGAUGGGACCACCUGGACAAAAAGGAUAUCCGGGAGCUCCAGGAUUCCCAGGACCACCAGGCGAGAAAGGAGAGGUUGGAAUGAUGGGCUAUCCUGGAACCACUGGCCCUCCGGGGCUUCCUGGGAAACCAGGCUCACAGGGGCAGCGAGGUAGCCUCGGAAUCCCAGGAAUGAAAGGGGAAAAAGGACGCCCAGGAGCCAAAGGCGAACGAGGAGAGAAAGGAAAACCAGGGCCUUCUCAAACAACACUCUUAAAGGGAGACAAAGGAGAGCCUGGACUUAAAGGAUUUGUUGGGAAUCCAGGUGAGAAAGGAAACAGAGGCAACCCAGGGUUACCAGGUCCGAAAGGCCUCGAGGGAUUGCCUGGGCUACCAGGUCCUCCAGGCCCUAGAGGAGAUACGGGAAGCAGAGGAAAUCCUGGAAGACCAGGACCACACGGCAUGCCAGGAAGCAUGGGGAUCAUGGGGGUGCCAGGCCCUAAAGGGAGAAAAGGAACUUCAGGGCUUCCAGGUCUAGCUGGAAGACCAGGCCUGACAGGGAUCCAUGGUCCCCAAGGAGAUAAGGGGGAGCCGGGUUAUUCAGAAGGUGCAAGACCAGGACCACCAGGACCAAAGGGCGAUCCAGGAUUGCCAGGUGACAAAGGAAAGAAAGGAGAAAGAGGCGUACCUGGGCCACCUGGACAAUCGGGGCCUGCCGGACCUGAUGGAGCCCCUGGGAGUCCUGGGAGUCCUGGUCACCCAGGAAAACCAGGUCCUGCUGGUGAUUUGGGUCUGAAAGGACAGAAAGGCUUCCCAGGCCCUCCAGGAAGCACUGGCCCUCCAGGCCCUCCAGGACUCCCAGGACUUCCUGGGCCAAUGGGUAUGAGAGGUGACCAAGGACGUGAUGGAAUUCCUGGUCCUCCAGGAGAAAAAGGAGAAACAGGCUUGCUGGGGGCCUACCCAGGCCCAAAAGGGAGCCCUGGUGUACCAGGUGCCAAAGGAGACAGGGGAGUUCCAGGCUUGUCUGGCCUUCCCGGCAGGAAGGGGGUUAUGGGGGAUGUUGGACCCCAAGGACCCCCAGGCACUGCUGGACUCCCAGGGCCACCAGGUCUACCUGGGGCAAUUAUCCCUGGCCCCAAAGGAGACAGAGGUCUUCCUGGCUUAAGAGGAAAUCCAGGUGAGCCAGGUCCCCCUGGACCUCCAGGACCUAUCGGAAAAGGCAUAAAAGGUGACAAAGGAUUUAUGGGCCCACCUGGCCCCAAAGGCCUGCCUGGAACUGUAGGGGACAUGGGCCCACCAGGUUUCCCGGGAGCACCAGGUACCCCCGGUCUUCCCGGUGUCAGAGGUGAUCCAGGAUUCCCUGGAUUUCCAGGCAUAAAAGGAGAAAAGGGUAACCCUGGAUUUCUUGGGCCAAUUGGACAUCCAGGACCAGUUGGGCCCAAAGGACCACCAGGUCCACGUGGAAAACCUGGCACUCUUAAGGUCAUCUCUCUUCCGGGAAGCCCAGGGCCACCUGGUGUACCUGGACAGCCAGGAAUGAAAGGAGACCCUGGACCCCUGGGACUGCCAGGAAUCCCAGGACCCUGUGGGCCAAGAGGUAAACCAGGCAAGGAUGGGAAACCAGGAACUCCAGGACCAGCUGGUACAAAGGGCAACAAGGGCUUGAAAGGACAGCAAGGCCCACCUGGUCUGGAUGGAUUGCCAGGCUUAAAGGGAAAUCCUGGUGACAGGGGAACGCCGGCCACUGGUACAAGAAUGCGAGGCUUCAUCUUCACCCGACACAGUCAAACCACGGCCAUUCCUUCAUGCCCUGAAGGAACACAGCCACUCUAUAGUGGGUUUUCUCUUCUUUUUGUACAAGGAAACAAACGUGCACAUGGACAAGACCUAGGUACUCUGGGCAGCUGCCUGCAGCGAUUCACCACAAUGCCGUUCUUAUUCUGUAACAUCAAUAAUGUAUGUAACUUUGCAUCACGAAAUGAUUAUUCAUACUGGCUGUCAACACCAGCUCUGAUGCCAAUGGACAUGGCUCCAAUUAGUGGCAGAGCUCUCGAACCCUAUAUUAGCAGAUGCACCGUCUGUGAAGGUCCAGCAAUGGCCAUAGCUGUUCACAGUCAAACUACUGCUAUCCCUCCGUGUCCCCAGGACUGGGUUUCUCUCUGGAAAGGUUUUUCUUUCAUUAUGUUCACAAGUGCAGGCUCUGAGGGUGCUGGACAAGCACUUGCCUCGCCUGGCUCCUGCCUGGAAGAAUUCCGAGCCAGUCCAUUUAUAGAAUGCCAUGGACGAGGGACAUGUAACUACUACUCAAACUCCUACAGUUUCUGGCUGGCUUCGCUGAACCCAGAAAGAAUGUUCAGAAAACCUAUUCCAUCAACUGUGAAAGCUGGAGACUUAGAGAAAAUCAUAAGCCGCUGUCAGGUGUGCAUGAAGAAAAGACAUUGACGAAAUCAAAGAAACCAGAACCGUUUUUUUUUUUUUUUUUUUUUUUUUUGUUCCUUCUUAAGUAACAAAGUCAUGACUUAGAACAUGAAUUUACUUAGGUCUUUCUCUCUAACCUUAAAGAUGUAGUAGUGCAAAGUUUCACUACACAAGAAAGCAUUUCAUUCGUUAGUCUGUGAUGUGGGUCUCUAAACCUGUAGGUUUCAAAGUUCCCUGUGGAAAGGCAACAGCUUGCCACAGAAUAUCGCUGAAAUCACAUUCCAGUUGUACCCAAAGAGCUGACUAAAUGUUGAUUGUGUGGAACUUGAACUACAAGCUAAGAGAGGUCUGUCCUGUGGAUGCACGGUGUGUUCCUUGUCUCCCACUCCUGAGCAAAGGAGUGCGGUUCCUUCCAUCUCCUCCCUGACACCUUAGACUUCAACUACAGAAGGAGAAGGGAGUAUACCAUCAAGCACACCGUGAAGAGAACUGGAGGGUCAGAGCUGCUGAGUGGUGUAAGGGCUAGAACACAGAAUAAAUGAGGCCCCAUGAUGUUUCAGGACUCAUUUAAAUAUGCACAAGGCUAGGACCAAAGGAAACUUCCUGAAGCGAAUCAUAACAGGCUUGUAUAUAAAGUGUAGUUUUGUUUUCUGUUUUGUUGACGAUGUCUAUUUGCUUAUUCACUGAGCUCUUUUUACUAUGUCAAUAGAUUCAAAGCUGGUAAAACGUUUACCCUUGGGGAACUAGGUUUUACUAGGAUGGCAUACACAUACAUUGAAACAUUUCUCUUUAUUGUUUUCACAAGUAACAAGGACACUGCUUACUAAAUGUGCACUUUAUCCCCACUCCUAUCAACGCCGACCUUAAAUAAUUUCACCAGGAAAUAAUCAGGUUUAUCCGACGCAAACAUUUUUUUCUUUGCUCUAAACAGUACAUAACAUGGAUUUACAGAUUUGUUCCUUUGUUAGUUUUAUAACUUUUCCUUUGGAAAACACACACGUACGCCAUGAUUUUUAUGUUAUAGAUUCUUCGCAACCAUGUGGAAAGAGACCACUGGGUAAAACCUUACUGUACUGUACACAGCUGCUAUAUGUCUUAAAACAUGUUCUUAAGUAUACAGAUACAUUCCACAGUUACUUAAUUGAGCUUAACAAGUUGUUUUCUUCAGUUCCAAACUAUUUCCCAUAUACUGGACUGGACCGGCGGUGCAGGGGGUAGUGAGAGAGACUUGCUUCUGAUCUACCCUCAAAGGAGAUAACAAACCCCGUGUGUGGAGACUCUCACGCAGGCAGGAAGCCCAUCCUCUGCUGCUUCACCCCCUUCCCUACACGGAAAACAAACAAAGAGUCUCAGCUAUGGUUGCUGUUUUAGUUUUCCCUUACUUCUAUUUCACAGUUCAGCAGGCCUGAGAGAAGAUUUAAAAAUAAGAGCACUUGUUGCUCUGCAGAAGCCCCUAGUUUAGUUCCUAGUACCCACACUGGUACUGUUUCACAGUAGCCUCUUCCAGAUGACCCAACAUCCACUUCUGGACUCUGCACCCACGCUCAGCUAGAUAUACAAAAGUUUUAAAACUUUUAAAAUAAGAUCUAUGUCCAGGCUAAGUUCAAAACCUCUAACUUCUCUUAGGCAUGCCAGAAGCUAAUGUCUGAAAAAUAUUAAGAAAUCGGGAACUUUUUAAUAAUCAGAUAGUGUCGUACUAUUUGAAGACUCAAAGAGGCCAGGCAUUGUGAGGCAAACCUUUGAGUGUAUUUCUUGACCCACGGAAGUGGACGUGAUGGUGCUGAUACUUAAGUUCAGGCUGGUGCUGUAAACUCAACUGCUUUGUAUUUGGAAAAUGUGACCCAAGAGCACAGACAAGGGUUGUCAUUCUUUACCAUUCGUGUGACCACUACAAGACAUUUUACACCUGAGCUGAGACAUGCAACAUCUCAUUACAAGUAUGUAUUUCAGCUAACAUUUUUGUUUGAAAAAUAUCCUGUUGUCCCACAUACAUUCCAGUAGUGAAAACAAGGACUAAUCUCCUUGGCCAGUGUAGGAGUAGCAGCUGUGGCAUUCAGGAGCUUGUCCUAAUUGCCCAUUGUAGAUCAUUCUAAACCUGCAAAGUUUGAAACUGUAACUAGCAAACAGAAAUCUGUGUCUUGUCUUGAUGAGAAGCAUCUCAUUGUACAACCCAGGAUGACCCCCAAAUCACCACAAGUUUUCUGCCUCAGCCACCCAGAAUUUUGUUUUCAAAGUUUUCAUCAUCCUCUCAUGUUCUCCACUCAAUAGGCACACACCCAAGAAACUGGCCACAAUCCUUUUCACCUUUGUCUCUCUUUAAAACUCACUGGUGACUUUCAGGGUAAUCUAUUUCACUACUAGACUGGUGCUGAUGUCACAACAGCUACCCUUCAUUUGCUCAUAGGCCCCUUUCUUCUUCUGUCCUCUUAUCAGUAUUUAAAACAGGUAAUACUGGACACCUUAAUGCCCAAAGAAGCCAUAUCAACAGUCAGUCAUUUGUACUUCUAAGAGUGAGCAAUAAAAUACAGCCCGUGCAUAGUACUUCCCAGAUGUUUAUGAGUAAAUUAUACAUUUAAAAUUCAAUUUCCUAUGUGGCUGGAGAAAUGGUUCAGUAGUUCAGAGUGCUGGUUUCUCUGCAGAGAACCCAAGUAUAGUUCUCAAUACCCAGGUCAUGCAGCUCAGGACUGCUCAAAGGGACCCCGCUGGCCUCCAAGGAUACCCACAUAUAGGUGGCAUUCAAGGAUACCCACAUAUAGGUGGCAUUCACUAGCACAGGCACUGCCACAUAAAUACAAAUAAAUCUUUCAACAUUUUUAACUGAUUAACAAAACGUUUGUUUCAAUUUUGGUGCUUCAACUUUGGAGUUUCACAGUGUGCUAAAACAACCAACUUGUCAAUUGUUCUUUUUUUGCAAGAUAACACAUUAUUAAUUUAUUUAUAAAAGUAUUAAAAAUGUUUAAAUUUGAAUUUUAUUGUUAAUUUUACAAAGGUUUUCUAUAUUUCAAAUGUAGCUUGCUACCACUAAACUUAAUUUAAUAUUCUUCUCAAUAACCACUUGAAAUUUAUUUAAAAUAUAUCAAAUAUUUUAUAUUGUUAUAUCCUGACAAAAUUAUAAUGUAUUACAAUGUACUAAUAUUUCUGUAAAUAUAACUAAAGUUCUAUUGUUUUGUCAAAAUAAAAGAAAAGGAACAAUUCUA